AUGGAUCUCAGAACAAGUUUUAAGAAUGAGUCUUUGAGUCCUAUAUAUGCUGGUAGCGGGGCAAUCUGUACUGUGUCCGAAGAUGGUAAAAUAUUAGCGACUCCGAUAUUGGAUGAGAUCAACAUUAUUCAGUUGCAGCCAUGUUAUGAACUCUUACAUACUAUUGAAAAUGAUGAUGAGCAGGAAAUUACUGCCCUGAGUUUAACUCCCGAUGGAAAAUACCUAGGCUAUGUGUCUCAGGCCCAAUUGCUGAAGAUCUACAGUUUAGAGUCCAAGAAGGUACUAAGAUCAAUGAAAAUUUCGUCUCCGUCUUAUGUUCUUGAGACCGAUUCUACGUCGACACUUGUUGCGAUUGGUGGUACGGACGGUAGUAUAACAAUUGUGGAUGUAGAAAAUGGCUAUGUUACUCAUUCGUUGAAGGGCCAUGGUGGCACUAUUUCAAGUUUGAGAUUCCACGGCCAGCUAAAUGGGGACAAAUGGCUGCUCGCUUCCGGGGACACUGGUGGUGUUGUCAAAAUAUGGGAUUUGGUGAAAAGAAGAUGUCUAAGUACCGUGCAGGAACAUACCGGGGCGAUCAGAGGCUUGGACUUCAGCAAGCAGGAUGGAACAUCGCAUGUACGAUUGUUAUCUGGUGGUAGAGAUGACAUUGUGAAUCUCUGGGAGUUCGAUAUGAAAAAAAAAUGUAAAUUAUUAACAACGAUCCCAGUCCAUCAACAGGUGGAAUCAUGUGGGUUCAUCCGCGAUACGAACCUUAUUUAUACAGCCGGAGGAGAGGCAUUCUUUCAGAUAAUCUCCCUGGAGAGCCAGAAUAUUAUUAAAAAGACUCAGAGGCCGAUCGAAGAGCUUUUUAUUGUAGGCGUUUUACCCAUAAUGGGCGGGAAGAAGCUCUACUUGGUAUUAUCAGACCAAACGUUACAGUUAAUUGACAUGGAUGAAACCUUGUCCGAUAUUGGCAACGCUACCAUAAACAUCCAGUCAUGCAUAGCCGGUAACCACGGCACAAUAGCAGACAUCAGGGUGGUCGGACACUCCCUGAACAAGCUAGCACUAGCCUCCAAUUCCCCAGCUUUGAGAAUCAUCCCGAUGCCUCUCGCGUCGGAGAGCGCCAUGCCUAUCGCCGUGGAGAUAUAUGAAGGUCAUGAAGAUCUGCUUAAUUCGCUAGAUGCCACCGAAGACGGUCAAUGGCUUGCAACAUGUUCAAAAGAUAGUACAUCGAUCCUGUGGAGAUAUAAUUCUGAGCUCGACAGAUUUGUCGCCUAUGCCAAAUUUAUGGGCCAUUCAUCCUCUGUAACGGCGAUAGCUUUGCCAAAUCUGAUGCAUAAAGGAUGGCCUGAGUUCCUGAUCACAGCUUCCAAUGACUUGACGGUUAAGAAGUGGAAGGUCCCGCAACCGGAUGCACAAAACCUUGGGGCGCUACAGCUGGUUAAACAGUCAGAGUACACCUUUCAUGUGCAUGCAAAAGAUAUCAAUGCCUUAUCUUUAGCGCCCAAUGAUUCUAUUUUCGCAACAGCUUCCUACGACAAGACUUGUAAAAUCUGGGAUGUUGAGACCGGUGAAAACAGGGCCACUUUGGCAGGCCACAAACGUGGCCUGUGGGACGUCUCUUUUUGCCAAUACGAGAAGCUUUUGGCUACUUGUUCAGGUGAUAAAACGAUAAAGAUUUGGAAUCUGGAAACCUUCUCUGUGGUGAAGACGCUAGAAGGUCACACAAAUGCGGUUCAAAGAUGCUCAUUUAUGAACAAGCAAAGGCAGUUGGUCAGCAGUGGCGCCGAUGGGCUCAUAAAAAUCUGGGAUUGCGCGACAGGUGAGUGCUUGAAGACCCUGGAUGGCCAUGGCAAUCGAAUUUGGGCGAUGAAUGUCUGCAACGACGGAGAGGUUAUCAUCAGUGCAGACGCAGACGGUGUCUUCCAAUUUUGGAGGGACUGCACUGAGGAGCAGAAAGAGCAAGAUUUGGAGAAGGAGAAAUUGAAAGUUGAACAAGAACAGACGCUCCAAAAUUACCUCGCCGCUGAGGAUUGGACAAACGCCUUUUUGUUGGCUCUAACAUUGGAUCACCCAUUGAGACUGCUCAAUGUGCUGAGACAAUCUAUUGCAAAAUCUGAAGACGAUGCAGCUUUUGUCUUCAACAGGCAAUUGGAUGAGCUUAUCAGCAAGUUAUCUGAUGAGCAGAUCCUUCUCCUGAUGAAAAGGUGCAGAGAUUGGAAUACCAACGCCAAAACCCAUAGUAUAGCACAAAAGGUUACCAAAUGCAUCUUACUUCACCACGACAUCGGGAAACUCUGCGAAAUACCGGGGCUGGUGCAGUUGGUAGACGCAAUCAUUCCGUAUAGCAAGAGGCAUUUUUCAAGAGUGGAUAAUCUGAUAGAGCAAAGUUAUCUAUUGGAUUAUGCAUUAGUUGAGAUGGAUAGAAUAUUAUAA